GAUUAAUAAGGAAAGUAAAGCAGUUAUUUUAUAGAAUGGCAAGAAUUGAAAUUUUUGCUGAUUUUUGGUGAACAAUAGUAAAUUUGAAUAAAUUCACUAAGAGAUUCUUUUAGAGUGAAUGUUAAAACAACAAGGGGUUCUGAAAAGACGACAUUCUAAAUUCAAAUUUAAGGAAAAUGAUUAAAUGAGAGCUCUAUAAGUCACUGCAAAUAAAUAUAUAAUUUAUUUGCUGCAACUUUAAGAGAGGCAUAUUAAUUGUCUCGAUUAAACAUCAUUUAUAGAUUCAAAUUAUAAUUAGAUGUUAUCAGAUGUAACAACAGAAUUUUGAGAAUUGCAAAGCAAUAUAAAUUGAAAUUGAUUGGAC